AUGACAGACUUGGAGGCACUUCGAAAAGAAAAUAUUAAACGAAAUCAAGGCUUAUUAAAAAAACUUAAUCUCGAUGCGCUCAACAAGUCAAUUGCAGACGACGUGAGAGUCAAGAAGGAGCAGACCAGACCUAAGCGUAAGCCCAAGUCUAAGCCUAAGCCUAAAGAGCCAGUAUUGCCCACCAGAAGGUCUAGAAGAUUAGCAGCGCCACAUGAAUUGACAGAGGACGAACAGAAGGCCAAUUUGGAAGAGGAGCGUGCCAGAGAACGACAGGAGAAGCUCAGGAUAUUGCGGCUGCAGAAGCUCACUGGUAGCUUCACGCUCGGUGACUUGCUUAUGGAUCGCCUGCUGGGGAACCUUAAGCAUGAAGAACGCGUAUUAUCCGAGAAAUUGAAGGAAGAGAAGGAGAUUAAGGAUGAGAAUGACGACGAAAUUCAAAGCAUCAAACAGGAGGAGCCUGAGGAUGAAGAUGUGGAUGAACAAAAUCUAGAUUUCUUGCUACACUUGGGCGAGAAGUAUUCUGCUGGGGAUUUUUUUGAGCAAAUCAAGAAACGAGAUGCGGGAAAGAGCCUGGACUUGACGAAAGCAAGAGAAGAGUUUGAAAGGGUGGAGCUCUAUAAAAAAGUGCACCCUUCUUCGAUCAAGGCUUCCUACCAACGUAUCACUACCAUGCACUUCCACCCUUCUGUAACAGACAGAUUGGUAUGCGCUGGAGAUACCAACGGAAGUCUUGGUCUCUGGUCUGUCGAUGAGGUCACUGCAGAAGGCGAGGCCCAAAUCACGAUCUUGAAGCCUCAUGGCAGGUCCAUAUCCAAGAUCGUCCAUAACCCUGCCAAUGCAGCUGAGAUCGUCACUGGCUCGUAUGACGGAUCAGUGAGGGAGAUGGAUAUCACAAAGCUUAAGUCCAGGGAAGUUUUAAAUAUUGAUAUUUCAGAUGACUUGAUUGGUGUUUCUGAUGUCAAUUUUCUGCCUGCUGAGCCCAACUUGUUACAUCUUACCACAUUGGAAGGGAGCUAUUAUCUGCACGAUAUACGAGAGCCUUUCAGAGGAAUGAAAGCAAACAGCUUACUCCGAUUACAUGACAAAAAAAUCGGUAGUUUCUCUGUCAGCCCCAAUUUGUACUAUCAAAUUGCAACAGCCUCGUUGGAUCGCUCCUUACGCGUCUGGGAUCUUAGGAAUGUGUCAACCAAAAACUCUCUUUCAGAUUUCGGCGGGUCCAAGGCACCUCAUUUGUACGGCUCGUACACCAGUCGACUCUCAGUUUCCACUGUUGACUGGAAUUCUAACGAUCAUUUAGUAUGCAAUGGCUACGAUGACAGAAUUCAGUUGUUUGAUUUCAGUGGAAACAGAAAGCCUUACAGCGCCAUAAAGGAUUGGGAGAAGAAUUAUAGACCGGAGAGCAAAAAUUCUGACGAAACAAUUCCCAAUAAUCUCCAACCCUUCAACUCCAUAAGACACAACUGUCAGACUGGAAGAUGGGUGACAAUCUUGAAGGCCAGAUGGCAAAAGAGUCCAAGCGACAAGUAUCAGAAGUUUGCUAUUGCAAACAUGAACCGCAGCAUUGACGUUUACGACGAGAGUGGGAAUUUGCUCGCUCACUUGAACGACGAGGAUUUGACAGCAGUUCCAGCCGCUGUGUCAUUCCAUCCUUCGCAAAACUGGGUCGUAGGAGGCUCUUCCAGUGGCAAGUUGUGCCUCUUCAACUAG